AAAUUAUCGGCCAAUUUGCAAAUUUAUCGAAAUUUAUAAACAAAAUAAAAAUAACAAAAAAAAAAGUAGUCUCGCAGUUGCAAAUUGGUUGAGGUGCAUGCAAAAAUUAAGCUACACGGAAAUUAACGGUUUAACAGUGAACUUACAGCACGAUUAGCGCAGAUUUUAAUAACGCGCAAGGAGCAGCAAAUGAAUUUUCCUGUUCGCGACACUGAAUUUGUAUAUUACACAACAAAUAAAUCAAAUAAAAAGAGACAUAUCGACAAAUAUAAAAAAAAUUGGCAGCGUGCAGUCUAUAAAUAAUUUGUAAACAAAAAAUAGAGAACGAGGAAAAACGAGACAUUGACACUGACCCACUACUUUGCUUUGAGAUUUCAACAUUCUUUGCUGUCGUCGGCCGCCACUCAAAUUGCCUUGAGCAACAUUAGCACGUGAUAUCCUUGACCAUGGCGAAUCGUCAGAUGGCGCCUGCUCCAGAGAAUCAUUUGCGCCUCUCCUGGCACGACACCCAAAUGAUGGCAACACUCAGUCCACAGACGGUCAUGGAUUACUUUUGCCGCAAGAGCAAUCCAUUCUACGACCAUCAGUGCAACAAUGAAACCAUUAGAAUGCAGCGUCUCGGCGUGGAACAUUUGCACAACAUGCUGGGUCUGGAGUACAUUUUACUUCAUGUUGCGGAGCCGAUUCUCUACGUCAUCCGCAAGCAGCAUCGCCACAACACCGCGGAGGCAACGCCAAUUGCCGAUUAUUAUAUCAUUGGCGGUACUGUUUACAAGGCUCCUGAUCUCGCAAACGUCAUAAAUGCGCGCAUUCUCAACACGGUCGUGAAUCUUCAGUCGGCAUUCGAGGAAGCCAGCAGCUAUGCUCGUUAUCAUCCCAAUAAAGGCUACACCUGGGAUUUCUCCUCCAAUAAAGUUUUGUCGGACAAAUCCAAGUCGGACAAGAAGGACGCCAAUGGUGCCAAGGAUGAGAACAGCGGAACACUCUUUCAAAAGCAACGUGUUGACAUGUUGCUAGUCGAAUUGUUACGCAAAUUUCCGCCACCCAUUCCACCCACACUGCAGAAUAUGCAACAGCCACUGCAGCCUGGGCAAUUACCAAGUGCAGCUGGAGCGGAUGGUGCGGCAUCGAACGCUGCUGGAGAUAAUCAUGCUACUGGACCGCUGGAUAUUGCAACAGAAAGCAUUGAUAUGAAGCCACCACCAGAGAAAAAGACGAAGUAACGAUUUUGUAGCUGUAGUUUUUCUC